AUCGUGUGCCUUUUGCCUUAGCGAAGCGUUGUAUGCUCACCACGUCGUGACAGAGGGUACAAGGUCAAAAAAGCUUUAUUAUUUCCCCAACCGCACCGAGACAAAGAUACGACCGGCGCGAACAACGAAUAAAAGGGAUACGCCUAUUCUCGGCGUGAAGAAAGUAGCCGCACACACGUUACACGUCGUACUUGGGGAUGGAUGAAUUUUCCGGUCACUGUGUCCGGUGUAGCGGACUGACCACGGAAAGGAUACACGGGGGCAAGCAUUAAAACGCAAUUCGUUACUCACCACCACCGUCCCCCUGUUUAAUGCGUGUUGGAUGCGAGAUACGAAGGGAUUAGAUGAUUGAUAGUGUGGACGGAUUCUGUGCGCUCGUUAAUUGAAUCAAGCUCAUCCCGCGGUUCCGUGGCUGUGGAGAAACAAUGUGAAUCGUUGUGUAGCUGCACCACCGAGCCACCCUGAUGCGGAUGCACAACCAUGAUACCGCGAUGUGAUAGUGUUGGUGGGACGGGGAGAGGGACGGGAUCCCAUCCACGUAUCUCUUUGCCAGCCCGCCCCUCUCCAAACGGUGGUUGCCUUCUCGAGGUCGAGAGCGACCGUUUGUUUAGUGAUUGCGCGACAGAGCGUUCGCAUGAAUGUUGCUUUGUUAAGCGCUGGAUGUGGUGAGAUAAAGUUAAGGAAAAAAGCAAUCGCGAUGACGCGCGUUAAGGUCCUGUACGAUUUCAAUGGCGAGCCGAACUCGUCCGAAAUUUCCAUCUCGGUAGACGAAGUCCUGACCGUCACAAACACGGACGUCGGCGAAGGAUGGUGGGAGGGUAUGAACUCACGCGGCCAGCGUGGCCUCUUCCCGGCGGCCUACGUAGAAACCAUCCCGGAGGCACCGUCUUUGCCCAGCGGACCGCCCAAAAUGCCACCACCGCCAGCCGUCAUGGCGCAGGCGGCGUCGGGCGUAUCGAAAUCCGGCUCACAGCAAGCCCUCGGCAAUCGGUACGAUCAGACGUCGGACGAUUGGGGUGAGCAGCAGGACGAUUGGGACGACGAUUGGGAUGACGAUAACGAUACGUACUCGGAGAUUGGACCGGCUGCGGCGGCUACCGGGCGUACCAAUGGUCAGACACAAUCCUAUCAGCAGCAGCAGCAGCACCAGCAACAGUAUCAACAGCAAAGCGCCACAGCCAGCUACUAUGCCAACGCGAACUUGCCCGCUCCACCGCCCGGUGACGGGGACACGAUGUCACUCGCCUCCGUAGCGACUACGGUCGGCGGGGGACGAUCGCGUGCCGCCGGGACGGGUAAAAUUUUCACCAAAUCCGGCGACAACUAUCUGAUGGGAAUGCCAGUGCCGGACGUGUCGGAGUCGGACCGGGUGCACGUGCUGCUGAUGGAGCAGGGUGCGAUCGUGUGGAAACCGAUGCGCGAUUCCUACUCGGUCACGGUCGAUUCGCCCAAGAAGGAGAAAAAGUUUAACGGGCUGAAGAGCUUCAUCGCGUACCAGCUGACGCCGUCGUUUAACAACAUCCCGGUAGCGCGCCGCUACAAGCACUUUGACUGGCUGCACGAACGGCUGGUGGAGAAGUUUUGUCUCAUUCCGAUUCCACCGCUGCCGGACAAGCAGAUUUCGGGCCGGUACGAUGAGGAGUUCGUGGAGCACCGGCGGGUACAGCUGCAGGAGUUUGUCGACUGGAUGUGUCGCCAUCCGGUCCUGUCGACGUGCGGCGUCUGGAUGCACUUCCUCACCUGCACGGACGAGAAGAAGUGGAAGACGGGCAAGCGGACGGCCGAGAAGGAUCCGCUGGUCGGGACGAUGUUCUGUGCGUCCGUGUUUCCGCCGGAAAAGACGCUGCUACAGUCGCUGGUAGAGCCGCAGGUGGACGCGGCGACCCAGUUUGUGCCGCAGAUGGAUACGGCGGUCAAGACGCUGUUCGCCAUCUGUGGCGAUCAGUCGAAAAAGUUCCAGCAACAGUGGAAGAAGGAGUACCAGCGGAUCGGCGAGGGAUUUUCCGAGAUGGCCCGAGCGCUGGCGGUGGAUGAGAGGCGUGCCGCGACGCAGAUAAGUCUCGCGAGCUCGGUCGGACAGGCGGCGGGUGUGUUUAUUAACAUCGGGCAGCUGUUCGGUGAGCAGCCGAAGCAUGACUUUAUACCGUUCUCGGACCGGCUGCACAUCUAUCGCGGGCUGUUGGCCGCGUGGCCCGACACGCUCGGCGAGUACCGGAACGCGGUACAGAAGCGCAAGGAGUGCGAGCGGCUGACGGCCGAGCAGAAGAUGGAGAACGGACAGCUGCAGGAGGUGAACCGGCGCGUGGACGUGAUGUCGUACGCACUGCUGGCGGAGAUGUCCCACUUUCGGGAGGAGCGCGAUACGCAUCUGAAGGACACGAUACGCAACUUUAUCGGGGCGCAGAUUGACUUUUACAAAUCCAUCGUGCAGAAGCUGGAGCAGGCGCAAACUCAUUUUUAAAAGACGCAAAAUGGUAUUAAUUGUGCUGCAAGAGAAAGGGAACGCCAGGCAUUGAAAAAAAUCGUUGGAUUGCGAGUGCCUUCGGGGAAGAAAGGAGAACACUAACCAAAACACACACUAACGUACACUCGAACACGCAAACAUUGCCCGAUGCUAUGGACGGACCGGAAAGGACACACGCGUUUCAUCGCUGCAUUCCAGAAUUUAGCUAGUGUUUUGACGUAAGCCCCCCCCCCCCCCGUAGACGCGGCAAAAGGGACUGUUUAAAGGGAGGAAGAUAGUAAAAAGGGCAUAGAGAGCGAAGUAACUAACACUUUCUAUUGCGGUAUUUUUUUCCUACUACUGGAAAUGUUUGGUUAAAUUCCGUUUAGAUACACAUAUGCGUAACGAGCCACAUGGGGUGGGGCGACUAUUUGUACGAGGAAAGUGAAACUAAAAAGCGCCACAGCAAUGAUAGUAUCAAUCACAUUAAAGCCUUAUAAGAAGCACACAGAGGAAGAUUGUAAAGUGCCGGAACGGAAUGGAAUUGCUACUAUAGACUGCAAGUGGAUAGAAGAACCGACAUGGACAGUAGAUUUGUUUUUGUUUUUUUGGACGUGGCGACACCAAAGCAAAGGGAGCAAAGUCAUGCCAAAAAGGGAGGAACAGAAUGUGGUUCCCGUGGCGCAGCAGCAGCAAGUUGUGUGAUAUUUAGCCAUUUUGGUGAUGAAGAUUCGAUUAGAGGAAAGGAACACGGUCCAUGUCGGGGAGGCGCGGAGGGUGGGAGCAGAAGAACAUGAAACGGACGAAGGGACGGAAUUGUAAUAAAUGUAGCAUUAAUUCGGAUCAUUGUAAUACGCAAA